CCUUUCCUUCAUUCUCGUAAGAAAAUUAAUACUUUUAUAUUAUUAUUUCGUGAAAAUUACAAUAAUAAUAUAUGACAUCUGAAUUCAAUUCCCUUUCUCAACUCCAAUUCUGAUAUCUCAGGUGAUCGUUGUCGACCGCAAUUCCCGCAACCUCGAAAGUCCUCUAUCUCUCUCUCUCUCUCUAAAGAAAAUUCACUUUCUGAAUCACUAGGGUUUCAUCGUCUCCUUCUUCAGGUUUCCUAUACAUAAUCUAUAUGUUGCCGAGCAAUUUCAUGUUUUUAGUUCUGGACAAGGAGCUGUAUUAUAAUCUGGGACAAGGAACGAUAUUGGAAGUGGAGAGUUAAGUCAUGAUGGUUGAUUUGGGCCUUUCACUUGCUAGGUUUGUGACCGCUGCGGAUGGUUAUGGUCCGUUUCUCUUAGGGUGGCUGGUCACUGGGUCAUUCGGGCUUGUAGCUAUCAUCUUUGCUUUUCUUAAAUGGCAGAGAAGGACAUCUCUAAAAUGGGUUAAAGCUGCAGCUAGAGCAAAAAAGAAAGUCUGGAAGAAGCUAAAAGUUCCAUUAUCACAUCAUACGUGGAUCGAAGAUAUUACUAACGGUGAACAGCCAUCCACAUGUUGUGUUUGCUUGACUUCUUUAGUGUUUCUUCAAUACCUAGGUACAAAAGCCUCAUCGCGUACUCCUGUCCAUCGUUGCUCUGUUUGUGGUGUAGCAUCUCAUUUCUAUUGUUCCCAGUAUGCAGUAAAGGAUUGCAAGUGUAUGGCACAAGCUGGUUUUACCUAUGUUCGACACCACUGGUCAGAAAGAUGGGUUAAUAUGCAUGAUAAUCCUGAGAUAUCGGCCAUUUGUUUUUAUUGUGAUGAGCCAUGUGGUGUUCCUUUCCUCGAUGCUUCUCCUACAUGGCAUUGCCUAUGGUGUCAGCGCCUCAUACAUGUCAGAUGUCACAACAAAAUGGCAAAAGAAUAUGGCGAUGCUUGCGAUUUGGGUAGUCUUCGGAGGAUUAUCAUUUCCCCUCUGUGUGUGAAAGAAGUUGGCCAAUAUAAUGGACGUGGAAUGCUAAGUUCAUUCACAGAUGAAAUAAUAACCUCAUCUGUUUGUGGCCAGUAUAGAAGAAAGCGCCACCACUGUAAGCAUGGUAGUCAGGCAACUAAUGGUACCUCUGCCACUGAUGCAUCUCCGGAUUAUCUGUUCAAUGGAUUUACUGGUAUAAAGAGAUCCCGUAGUGAGAAGAGUUUUGACUACAUAAAGAAGAAUGAUAGGACACUGAGUUUGAAGGGCAACCAUAAUGGGUUUUUUCAGAAUAAGGGGGACACUGUCUCCUAUGGUCAAAUUAAGAGAUAUAAAGUAGUUGAUUUGCCACAUGAUGCAAGACCUCUUUUGGUCUUUAUCAAUUCCAGAAGUGGAGGUCAACGUGGGGCUUCUCUAAGGAGAAGGCUGAACAUGCUGUUGAAUCCUGUACAGGUUUUUGAACUGAGUUCUUCCCAAGGGCCUGAGGCAGGUUUGGAAUUGUUCAAUGAUGUGCAAUAUUUUAGAGUUUUGGUAUGUGGUGGAGAUGGUACUGUUGCAUGGGUUCUUGAUGCGAUCGAGAGGCAUAAUUUUGAAUCACCCCCACCUGUUGCUAUUCUUCCCCUAGGUACGGGAAAUGAUUUGUCAAGGGUGUUGCAAUGGGGAAAAGGCUUCUCUAUGGUUGAUGGACAAGGUGGCUUAACCGCGCUGUUGCAUGACAUUAACCAUGCUGCAGUUACCAUGCUAGAUCGCUGGAAGGUAAACAUCAAAUCAGAAGCUGAUCCGAAUAAAGUUCAGUCCAAGUAUAUGAUGAACUAUUUAGGUAUUGGAUGUGAUGCGAAGGUUGCAUAUGAAUUUCAUGUGACCCGAGAAAUAAAUCCUGAGAAGUUCAGUAGUCAGUUUGUAAAUAAAUUACGAUAUGCCAAAGAAGGGGCCAGAGAUAUAAUGGACCGAACCUGUGCUGACCUACCAUGGCAAGUUUGGCUUGAAGUUGAUGGGAAAGACAUAGAUAUUCCAAAGGAUUCUGAGGGUCUAAUUGUGCUCAACAUUGGCAGCUACAUGGGUGGAGUAAAUCUUUGGCAAAACGAUAUUGAGCAUGAUGAUGAAUUCAGUCUUCAGUUGAUGCAUGAUAAAAUGCUUGAAGUUGUAUGUGUAUGUGGAGCUUGGCACCUUGGAAAACUUCAGGUUGGACUUUCACAAGCUAGAAGACUAGCCCAAGGGAAAGUCAUAAGAAUACAUGCCUCCAGUCCUUUCCCAGUCCAAAUAGAUGGAGAACCAUAUAUACAACAACCUGGCUGCUUGGAGAUUACACAUCACGGACAGAUGUUCAUGUUGAGGAGAGCUUCAGAAGAGCCCAGAGGGCAUGCGGCUGCAAUUAUGACCGACGUUUUACUAGAUGCCGAGUGCAAAGGCAUCAUCAAUGCAUCCCAGAAGAAAAUACUUCUCCAGCAGAUGGCCCUCACGCUCACUUAAUUUACUCCGCUUCUCUUCGCCGGUCUUCUAAUUUUGUUAACAAUUCUUUUGUCCUCAUCGGUUUCCAUACCUGUAUUUUGGGCUGAUUCAGUGGCCUACAUAUUUUUGGAAUUGCCUCUUUUGUAGAAACAGAUUUUUUGCAAACCCAGAGAGAGAGAUUUGUUUGUAACGUUGUGAUAUGAGAAUAACUGACACUUGGUUGAAACUCCAUUUAUUUGCAUUUCUAUGAUGCCUUUUGUUUUAUAAUUGAAGUAAUUGCAAUAGUAACGGAAGAUCAGUUGGUAGA